AUGUUGAAUAUAAACAAUUUCAUCUUUAAAUUGAAUAAGACAACGAGUACAACAAAAUACCAUCGAUGUGAAGAUUCAUGUUGUACUGUUACUGUUCGUACUGAUCUUGAAGAUACUUUUUUGAACAUUAACAGUGAUCAUUGUCAUCCACCUGAGCCAGAAGAAAUUCAAAUUCGAGUAUUCAAACAAGUUGCCAAAGCACGUGCUAUAAGUGAAAGUACACCCAUUCCACAACUUGCAGGUAACAACAAUCGUCUUAAUUUACGCAUAUCUAAAUAUCAUCCGAACAUAUGGGCUUUCAUAAGAUGUAUUCAAGGUGAAGCAAAUAGAUUUAAUCAUUUAUUAAUUCAAAUGAAAGGUGGUCUCACAGCUCGACCAAAAACAAAGAAAACCCUUGCUAUUCAACAUCGAAUUGAUACAUUAUAUAUUCGUUAUGAUAAUGGUGAUAUUAAUGCUAAUGAACUUCUCGAUGGAUUAUCUUUUGUUGUCGCUAAAAAUAUUAAAUCAAAAAGAAAAUGA